GAAGAUGCGUGAAACGACGUUGCGUUGAACCCCACCGUCGCACAACCCAAGAGAUCCUCGAGAGAUGGAUAGGCCGCCGGGCGGCCGCUUCGACGACAAGUACGAGCUCUUGGAGCGGCUGGGGCACGGGAACUUCGGAGAAGUCUAUCGAAUCCGAGAGAUUGCCACGGGGCACGUCUUCGCUCUGAAGCGCAUCCGGACUGGAAGUGACGCUUCCAAGAUGGAGACAAUCCCUCCGGCGGCCUUCAACGAGAUCCAAGCAAUGUACCAUCUCGACCACCCCAAUGUAAACUACAGCGGGCGUGGCGUGAGAACCAACGCCCAGUUGUGCAUGUAGGUCGUGCACUUGGUGGAUGUAAUUCCUGAAGGUGCGAGCGUCGGCCUCGUGCUCGAGUACAUGGAAACUGAUCUAGCUCAUGUUCGUGCGUCAGCUGUAUUUUGUCUGCUCAUACAUCCCUGACAUAGCUCAUAGCGAACUCGACUGCUGCUUUUUCAGCGCAAGACACUAAAUCUCUCAUGUACAUGCUUCUCCGCGGCGUUGAGUGCUGCCAUACCCAACAGAUUCUCCAUCGAGUACGAGCCUACCUUCAUCGUGAAGCUGCACCUCUCCUGCAUCAUUCGCAACAGGACAUCAAGCCGUCGAAUCUGCUCUUGGACCAACAUGGUGUCCUGAAGCUUAGUGAUUUCGGUCUUGCGACGGUGUACACUGGACCCGAACGCGAAUAUGCUCAUCAAGUCGCGACAAGAUGGUAUCGAUCUCCAGAGCUCUUGUUCGGAUCUCGAACAUACAAUCACAAGGUGGACAUGUGGGCCGUCGGAGUUGUCUUCGCGGAGCUCUUGCAACAUGCUCCGCUAUUCCCAGGCAUGAAUGACAUCGACCAGAUCUUUCGCGUGAUGCAAGUGCUUGGGUCCCCGACGUGGCCUGGCAUGGCCGACUUGCCCGACUACCACAAGGUUUCGUUUCCCGUGUUCAGCCCGUUGCCGCUCGAGACGCUCUUCGCAGACACCGACAGCAUUGCGUUGGAUUUACUCAAGCACUUGCUGGUGUAUGAUCCGUCGCAACGUCUUGAUGCCGCCGAGGCACUGAAGCAUCCGUACUUCCUGACAGAGCCCCUUCCUCUUCCAUACAUUCAAAGGAAGGUGCAAGCACGCAAUGUAUCUCCAGAGUUUAGCGUGCGGCACGGUGGUGGCGGCAUUUUGGCGGCCCUCAACUUGGACAUGCCGUUUUUUCCAAGUGGACAAGUGUGACAGUUACAAAUUUGUGCAGUUUUCGAAACAAACGUCUUCUAUCCGUUUCGAACGGGCCGCAGAAACAUCAGCGCGUACCAUGCAUCCUGGGGCUUCAAACCUGCGCUGGUCGAGCACGAUACUCGUCAUCACGAUUGUACUUCAUCCCAGACAUGAUAAGCCCGCCAAAAUGGGUUUCGCGUGGUUUUUCUUUGCGUCCUGUAUAGUUAGUCUUUUGUCGUAAGAAGACAAG